AUGGAGUUUACUGAAGAAGACGUUUGCAAAUUAUUUGAUGAUGAAGAAACAACAAAUAACAAUACAACAAAAAACAAUGACAUUACAAUACUUUUCUCCAUCAAUGAUAAGACAAUUAAUGGUGGUUUGGCAAGGAUUGAAUGUUUACCAAACGGUUUUAAUGUUAAUGGCAAACGAUCUCCUAGCAACACCACUCAUAAUGUCUUUGUUUCUGAUCAACUUAAAGUUCAACUUUUUAAACCACUAGAUAUUGAUGGUUCAUCACUUGUUUGUCAGUUAUUUAUUAACGAAACUCUCCAUACAGAAAAAGCCUUUAACGAAUUACACGAAUGUAAUUUGACAAUUCCAAGAUGUAACAAAGGAGGAAGCAAUGGCAAAUCUCGUAUUGGUUAUUUGAAACUUGUUCAAAAACAAGGAGAACAAGUCAAGCUUGUUGGUUUAUCAAACAACUUUUGGAUUAGAACAAAGACUAGAAAAGAGACCGUCACCAAUGAUAAAAAGACAACAGAAGACAAGAAACUGAAAAAGCGAGAAUAUGAAGAAGACUCUGAAAGUAGUUACAGCAGUGACUCGAAGAGAAAGAAGCAACCGGCUAUUGAUAUUAAUAUUAUUCCUGCACAAGACCAAACAAACCUUUUCGAAGAAAAUCAAGGGCUCAAGAAGAGAGUUGCCGAGUUGGAAAAGUUAGUAAGCGAUAUUCUAACUGGAAAAUUGCAAUUUGAUCAAAAUUCAAUUCCUUCUGCGCUUACUCAACAAAUCCCUAGUACAAUGAGUCAAUUAACCAAAAUUACAAAACCAAGACCUUCACCACUUUCUGUUCCAUUAUUGACAAGUAAUACUUUUGGCAUGUGUUCUCCAACCAAUUUGAUGGCAUCAAGUUGUUCAUCACCUGGAUUGGAUAUUUCGCCAACAUUCUUCAUUACAAGCCCACCAAGGACUGGGUUUGAAAAUAUAGAUUAUCCAUCAAACUAUUCAUUCGAGGAUAUGAGUGACUUUUUUUAA